AUGAGUAAUUCAUUAGAAGAGAGGUUAAAAACCCAUUCAACGGCAUUUGAUGGCUUAUUAUCGUUAAUACCUGCUAAAUAUUACUACGACGAUGCAACACAAGACCAAUGGCAACAGAAGAAAAAGUCGAAGCAAGAAAUGCAACAGAACAAAAGAGCUAAAUUAGAUCCUACCUCGAGAGAGGAUGCAGAUGAUUAUAGCAAUUCGCAUGCCAGUGCCAAAGAUGUGAUGGAUAACAAGUCUAAGACGGCCAAAAAAGUUAGUUUGCCAUCGAAGGAUAAGCUACCAAAACCAAUAGUCGAUGAUGACAGUGAUGAAGUUGAAAUUCCAGACAUGGAUGUAGAUGACGAUGACGAGGAAGAUAGCAUGAAUUCGAACGGCCAAGAAGAACAAGCAGAUGAAUACGAACAGGAAGAAGAAAAGGACGAGGCAUCGGACUCUUUAAUACAAAAUAGUACUCAAUUAGUGUUCGAUGACGAUGGAAACGAGCUUUCAGCAGAUGGGUCUGGUAAGGUUGAGAAGACCAACGAUAAACCAAAUAAAAAGACGAAUAAGAAGGAAUUAUCUCCUGAAGAACAAAAGAAGAAGAAGGAGAACUUAGCCAAGUUGAGAGAAAAGUUGUCAGCUAAAAUUAGUGUUUUAAAAGAAAAGAGAAAGGCGCCUGGUUCUAAGACAGGAGUAGCAAAAUCAAGGGACCAAAUCUUGGAAGAACGUAAAAGAAAGGACGAGUUAAGAAGACAAGAAAAAUUAAAGAGAAAACUUGCGGCAUUGGACGAAGACGAAGACGACGACGAGGCUUCGGACUCGGAUUCCGAUGACGAUGCAGAUGCCAAACAAGACAAAUCAGUAUUAUAUGGAAACAUAACAUUCAACGACGGAUCCAGAGUCACGUCUGAUUUAAGCAAUAUUCGCUCCACCGCCGAAAAGAAGAAGCUCAAAGGCCCUGCGAAUAACGACAUCAAAGCGCAUCUAUUAAAAUUAGAGCAGAAGAAGCAUAAAUUAUCGCAUUUAACCCCAGAAGAACAAGAAAAACAGAAGGAAAAGGACCAAUGGCAAAGAGUGAUUUCGCAGGCUGAAGGUGUUAAAGUCAAAGACGACGAAAAACUCUUGAAGAAAGCCCUCAAAAGAAAGGAAAAGCAAAAAUUGAAGAGCGAAAUCGAGUGGAAGGAAAGAAAGCAAAUAGUAAAAGAUACGGUUUCAGCAAGACUGAAGAGAAGAGAAGAGAACUUGAAAGCAAGAAAAGAUAAUAAAGGUAAAAAGGGUAAGCAGCAACCAAAAUUACGUAAGUUUACCGGUACUAUUAACAACUUCGCCAAUAGUAAGAAAAAGAGAGCCGGUUUCGAAGGCAAUGCGAAGUCUGGCAAAGGUAAGAAAUGA